UGGCGGUCGGCGCUCCCACCAGCCACACCUCUGCCCUUGGACCGCAGCCGCAGCCAGCGCGGCGAGCAUUCGCACCCAAGCCUCGGACCUCGGAGGCGGGGCUUGCGCGGAGGCCCCACCCCGCCGUCCCCAAUGGCUGAGGCUGCCCGGGGCCGGGGUCAGCGCGCACCAGUCCGAGACCCGCAGCUCCGCCCCAACGCUGAUCCAUGCGGAGGAGAAGCACAGGUGGGUGAGGAGCGAGCUUCUGUGCCCGGGAAGCCUCGUCGGGGGCCAUGGGGGGACAGGUGAGGCUGCCGCCCGGAGAGCCCUGCCGAGAAGGCUACGUGCUGUCUCUGAUCUGUCCGAAUGCCUCCCAGGCUUGGUGUGAGAUCACACGUGUGUCACAGCUGCUGGCUUCUCCUGUCCUCUACAGGGACCUGAAUUCCAGCAUAACCAACUGGAGCAUUUCUGCAAAUGCAGAGAACAAAUACAGUCUUUAUGUAGGCCUGGUACUGGCAAUAAGUUCCAGUAUUUUUAUUGGCUCCAGUUUCAUCUUGAAAAAAAAGGGCCUCUUACAACUGGCCAACAAGGGCGUUACUAGAGCUGGACAAGGUGGAUAUUCUUACCUCAAGGAAUGGCUCUGGUGGGCAGGAUUACUCUCAAUGGGAGCAGGCGAGGCUGCGAAUUUUGCAGCUUAUGCUUUUGCACCUGCCACCUUGGUCACUCCACUGGGCGCUCUGAGUGUUCUCAUAAGUGCACUGUUGUCUUCCUAUUUUUUAAAUGAGCACUUGAACAUUCAUGGGAAAAUAGGCUGCAUAUUAAGUAUAUUGGGGUCAACUGUGAUGGUUAUCCAUGCCCCACAAGAAGAGGAAGUCACUUCUCUGCAUGAAAUGGAAAUGAAAUUGAGAGACCCAGGAUUUAUCUCCUUUGUUGUGAUCAUAACUGUGAUCUCCUUGGUGCUGAUUUUGAUUGUAGCUCCCAAGAAAGGACAGACCAAUAUAUUGGUCUACAUUUCAAUCUGUUCAUUGAUUGGAGCAUUUUCAGUUUCUUCUGUCAAGGGCCUGGGAAUUGCCAUUAAGGAACUACUGGAAUGGAAGCCCAUUUAUAAGCAUCCCCUGGUCUUUGUUUUGCUGGCUGUGCUCGUGCUUUCAGUGACAACACAGAUUAACUAUCUCAACAAGGCACUGGACACCUUUAAUACAUCUCUUGUGACUCCAAUUUAUUACGUGUUCUUCACUUCCAUGGUAGUAACUUGCUCCGCCAUCUUAUUCCAAGAAUGGUAUGGCAUGAAUGCUGGAGAUAUCAUCGGUACUUUGAGUGGGUUCUUCACCAUUAUCAAUGGCAUCUUCCUUCUACAUGCUUUCAAAAACACUGACAUUACCUGGAGUGAUUUGACAUCCACUACUCAGAAAGAAGUGCUCUCUCUGAAUGGCAAUGAAGACAAAUACGUCUUACUAGAGAAUGUAGAAUGUUCAGCCCCAGGAUUUGAUGAUGACAUUACCUUGUUUAGCAGGACUGAUGAUCAAAGUCGCUAGAAACCCUGAACUUUAACCGCUAAGAGACACUUGGAGAGGAGAAGGAAUACCUGAUUCUUGGAACAACUAUUAGGAAAGCUGGCAUUUUUAAAGUUCUAACUAAUAAUUUAGACAUGAGGCCAAAUAAAAAUGCCUUUAUUUUUGGCCAUCAAAUUUGAAAAUCAAAGUUUUGAUCCUCCUCCAGAAGGCUUCUGCUGUUUUUCAUUUCUGCAAACUUGAAAUAUUCCCUAAGCAUGAAAGAAGUCAAAGAGUUAGAUAACUCUCAGAAUAAUCUCUUUCUUCUGGUCACAAUAUGUUUGGCUCUGCCAGGUGGCUCUUCAUUUCUUUGGCUGCUGUUCUUAGUCUCUCAGUAAUUCAUAGGUAAACACAACUGUGUGCUGAUAAGCAGAAUAUCAGUCACCAUUCUCUAAUGAGUCAUAGUUUCAAAUUAUUAAAACUGAGAAGCGAGAUCACUGAUGCCUCCCACCUUCUACAACUUCCUUCUUUCUAAACUAGGUAGCUAAAGAAAAAAAUAGACAUGUUGGAAAUCUGCUGCUUGGUGGGCUAGAAUGUGUAAGACACACAUGCCCGUGAAGGGCUUAUAAAUUGUUAACUUAUUGAGGAGUUUGAGGAGAAUAGGAAGGCGAGUUAACGUCUUAGAAAACUCAGGGAAUACUACAGGAAAAUACCUUUUCAUAUUAAAGCCUACAUAAAAUUUUCCUAUCUCACUCCAGGUGCAUGGCAGGAGUAACAUUUUUGGUGGUCUCUACCGUUUAUGGAUAGAUUAAUCCAUUAAUCUUUUCUCAUUGAUUUAAUGGAAAAGAAAUUAGCUAUCUUAUUUCUAGACUAACUUAUUUCUCUCAAAAAAAAUCCUAACCAAAAAAUUAUGACAUUAAAAACAAACAAAAACUCUUCAGGUCGACUGGAUUAUUCUCUUCGAAUGUCAAAUGUUAAUAGUUUUGUUUGUUUGUUUGUAAUCUACCUCAAGUCUAUUCUGAGUAAUAAUAGUAGAUUCUUUUCUUCAGAAUUCUAUUAAAGUGACUUUAGCAUUUCCCCAGUUCGGUUGAACUGUGAUUGAUUUUCACGGUGAUGACCUGAGAUGAUUGCAAAGCCCUAAAGUGCUGGCAGUCUCUUCGGCAUAGUUUCGUGUUGAGUGCAAUUCAGUGCAUUCUAAACUUUUGAAAAUUGAUGAUCCGUAGAAGAUUCAUGGGUUGAUACCUCAGGUCAGAUAUAUGUUUACUGUGUUGAUUGUUUCACCUUAAUUGUAUAACAGAUAUAUAAGCUAUGAACGCAAGUUUGUAGAAAAGUAUUCUCUCAAAAAGUAGUGUCUAAAAGUUGUAGAAAUUCUUUUAAGUUUCUCUUUUUCUGUUGAAAACUCUUGUUGAUUUCUCCAGGACACCUUCUUGGUGAGGAAAUUAAUGGCAUCCAACCUGAGGUUGGGGUAGUCCUCCACUCGACUGUACCUUAGUGUCAGAUAUUUCUUCAACGUCACCUGUGACAAAGCUUUGCCCUUGGUAUAUUGUGCCCAGGUUAAAGGUUCUUGUAACACAAGAACCCAUGUGUACCCUGGGUUGGAAAAUGAACUGGUGUUGACACAUACACCCAGGAGAAAGUCUGAGAAAGAUCUAAUGAGCUGAAAUAUGUUGAGAAACAAUGAAAUAUUUGAAAAACUCUAAAAAUCUCUGGUGGGCAUAUGCAUUGAAAAACUAAAAUGUUGCAAAUCCGAAACCCAGAGUACUUUUUCCCAAAUAGGAAGAUGUUGUCUAAGGAGGAAUAAAAUGCUGGAUCCCUGUAUUGAGACUAACUGUGUUAGUCUUAACUGGUAGUCUCAUAUGUAUAUAUAUAUAUUUUUUUGUUUGUUUGUUUUUUUGUUUUUGUUUUUGCGGUACGCGGGCCUCUCACCGUUGCGGCCUCUCCCGUUGCGGAGCACAGGCUCCGGACGCGCAGGCUCAGCGGCCAUGGCUCACGGGCCCAGCCGCUCCGCGGCACGUGGGAUCCUCCCGGACUGGGGCACGAACCCGCGUCCCCUGCAUCGGCAGGCGGACUCCCAACCACUGCGCCACCAGGGAAGCCCCUCAUAUGUAUAUAUUUUAAGAUGUAUACGUUAUCUCACAUAGAUACCUUAAGAUUUAUUAUGUGAAUAUCUGUACACAUGUCAUUAAGGAUCACAAAGCUGUCCUCACACAGCCAAAUGGAAAGCUUUUCCUAAUUCUAUAAACAUAAUAGUUUCAUUUUAUUUUCAACUUACAAUUUUAUUCUUAGGUCAAUGGUUAAUGAUUUUAUUUUUAGUUCAGAUUUCAGAAUGUUCAUAAAACCCUCUAGAUUUGGCAACAUGCAAUUAAAUUAACAUUUUUGUUUUAAGAGUACGAAAUCAAAUACAUAUAUGUGGAAAGCACCCGCAUCAUGCCUGAUAUUGAGGCAUUUAAUACAAUUUAGUUCUCUUUGAAUCAACAUUUUAAUUCUCAUAGCCUCAGUACUAUAUAAGUAAGGACCAUUAGUUGCCAGUUUUCAUAUAUUCUUUUUUUUUUCAAUUUGUGUUACCUUAGCUCAUUUUUAAUAAUCCAAGUGAAAAUGAAUUCCAUUAGUAUACUAUC